AUGCAAGGAGGCUCACCAAACAACCCUGGAACUGCAUAUGGUAUCAACGAUUCGCCUGCUGAUGACCCUAAUCUCCUGUAUAAUAAGCUAGGUUAUCAAAUUGUUUUUGAAUUUAUUGCUUCAAAAUUCCCCCAUAAAUCCUUGGAGAAAAUGAAAAACCUCUAUAUAAACCUCUUUAAAAAGGUUGAAAUGGAGGAUUUUUCGAAAAAUAAAAAUGUUGUUGUUGAAAAUAACUCAUCAGACAAGGAGACUAAUCUUAAUGAAACUCCACCUCGAGCUGAAAUCAGUCGUUCACGACGUCGUCAAUGGAAAAUUCCAUGGACUGAAGGAGACCACUCGUUGUUUCUCAUGGGACUGAAAAAAUUUGGGAAAGGAGAUUGGAAGAGCAUCUCAAGGCACUAUGUUCUUUCGAAGACACCGACUCAGGUGGCAAGUCAUGCUCAGAAGUACUUCUCUCAUCGUACUAGUAAGACUCUAGUGGAUCGUCCUCGCCCUAGCAUCAAUGACAUUCAAACUGUCACGCUUAAUUCUAGGAGGACGAUGAAAACAACUGUGACAACAACUCCUCAGAUCAAUAACAACAUACUUGCUUAUAACAACACUUAUCAAGUUGGUUCAUCAUCAAUGCCUUUUCACUAUUCUAAUUACACAUUUAGUGGUCCAACUUUGCUAACAAAUCCAAUGGGGAGCUAUCAUCAAGGUGAAGCAUCAGGAAGCAACUCAUUCGUUAUGGAACAAAACAACAACAACAACAAUCUCUAUAGGCCAGUGUCACCUCGCCUUUUUCUUUUGAUGUACUUGUCUUAUUCUAGGGGGAAUAACCACCAAGUCUAA